AUGGUUGACAUGAGUAAGGAGGUAACUGUUUUACAUGAUAAUCUUGGGAGAAUAGAUGACAUGGUUCAGAAGAAACGUCUGAGUAUAAUACACUUGGGAGAAAUGACUUCAAGUCUUAUCAAAAUGGCAGCACUGUGGCGCUUCAAAAUGCUAAAGGGAGCUAAAAGGUUUGUUGGUAAAUCCCUUCAGCCAGCACGACCUGUGCGUCAUUUGCCUUCAAAACAAGCAUCAACAAUUACUUUCGAGUUUCAGACGGAGUUACCUAGCAACAGUCAAGUAUGUUUGCAGAGUAAGGUUGACUGGUUAUCUGAAAUGACUGAAAUGAAGAUCUUAACUCAAAAUACGAUGCCUUGUCAACCAAACCAGCAUGAAUUAGAGACAAAAAAAGAAAGGAUCAAAUACAGCAGAGAUUUCCUUCUGGAGCUGUCAAGUGUUUCACUCUCUCAGAGGAAGCCAGAGUUUCUGCCUGAUCAUCCAAUUGUACUUGAAAAACCAGAAAACAGCAACCCUCUUGUUGACAUAUGCAAGAAGUGA